AUGUAUUCUUUUCUUCCUUUAUGUGCAUUUGCUUUACUUUGCCAAGUGCAGGGUACAUGGGCAAGAGAGGCUCGAGAAGGGGAAUUUCCAUACCAGGCGGCUGUUCUACUGAGACUGCGCAAUGACCAACUUCUGUACAUAUGCUCCGGCGCAAUACUUAACCAAAGAUAUAUAUUGACACUCGCCUUCUGUGCUAUACAGUACCAGCCUUCCACGAUUAACAUAUUAGUUGGGUCGAAUGAUCUUGCUCGCCGAAAUAAUAUAUACUACUCCGUUGAUACAGUUCGGCAGUUCAGUCGACCCAAGUACAAUGUAACUAUAUUCUCCCGUAACAAUAUUGCUGUAGUCAGGGUUAAGAACCUGAUAAUCUUCAAUCAAAGAGUCCAGCCCAUAGUGAUAUCAAGUCAGGAUGUGAUGAACGGUCAAACUUACAGCUUAACAGCUUUUAGGAAUUAUAUUGAUCCAAACUACUCUACCCGUCUCCAGCUGUUUUUGGUAAUAGCAAUACAAAAUAACAGACAAUGCAACCCAUUGGUUGCAACUGGACUGGACCGUGUCAGGGAACUGUUUUGCAUGACCGCGAGCCCCAGGGAUACUGGAAAUGAAAACCUACCACCAUUCAGCUACCAAGGAGGACCAAUUGCCAGUCAGUCCAAACAGUUGAGCGGUUUGAAUAUUGCUGCAAGAGGCAGGCAACAGGACAAAAUCGUAGCUGUAGGAUUACGACUAGCACCCUACAGGAAUCAGAUUUAUGCUGCCAUCAAUAAUUAA